AUGCCAGAGAGAAAACGAACUAGACGAGAAAAGCGACUUGAAAACGGAGUGAAUAGCGAUAAAAUACUGAUCAUAGAGAAGGAAGACGUGACGAUAACCGGGGAUGAGAUCACCGUAGUCCAAGAAGAGACGAUAUGCGCUGCUGAGUCUGGAUCAGAGGCCACUUCUGCUGAAACACUCCUAAGAGAGAAGCUCCUUGAGGAUGCCGCAAAGGAGUGGGAGGAGGCCGACUUGAAAUGCGCUGAUGAGGAGCUGGAGAAGACGAUCGAGGUCGAAAAGAUCGAAAACGAGGAGACUGAUAAAAAAGUAGGGGGCUCUGACUUGGAGAAUGAGUUCAUGGAGGCGUAUGAAAAUGCAGUAGAAGUUGAGAAUGCCGUGGAAGUGGAGCAGGCUGUGGCUGCUGUGGUUGAGAAAGAGACUGAAACAAAGGCGGAGGCGGCUGAAGAGACGAUACAGGGGGAGAUUGAGCCAGAGAAGGAAGAAGCAAAAAUGUCUGGAUUUUCUGGGAAGAAGGCGGAAGAGCAGCACGACGAGUCGCCUGAUUUGCAGCUGAAGAGCGAGACACUUGAAAUUCUGAGCAAGUUCGAGGAGACCAAGGAGAAGGAGGUCGAACAGAAAGGAUGCUUUGAGAGUCUGAUGGACUUCCUGUGCUGCAGAAGACAAUAA